AUGUUCUCUCUAGAGUUCAAAGAAGAUGCAGCCUGUGGUGGAAUACCUCCCAAGACCGGAAAGAAGACUGCCGCUCUGCCCUACCCCCAGGGCAAGGCUGGCUCGUCCAAGAAGGCCGCUAAGAACCCUCUCAUCGAGAAGCGUUCCCGCAACUUCGGUAUCGGCCAGGACAUCCAGCCCAAGCGCAACCUGUCCCGCUUCGUCAAGUGGCCCGAGUACGUUCGCCUGCAGCGCCAGAAGAAGAUCCUGAACCUCCGCCUGAAGGUUCCUCCUUCGAUCGCUCAGUUCCAGAACACCCUGGACCGCAACACUGCUGCCCAGACCUUCAAGCUCCUCUCCAAGUACCGCCCCGAGACCAAGGCCGAGAAGAAGGAGCGUCUCGUCCAGGAGGCCACUGCCGUCUCCGAGGGCAAGAAGAAGGAGGAUGUCAGCAAGAAGCCCUACCACGUCAAGUACGGUCUCAACCACGUCGUCGGUCUGGUCGAGAACAAGAAGGCUUCCCUCGUCCUGAUCGCUCACGACGUUGACCCCAUUGAGCUGGUUGUCUUCCUUCCCGCUCUCUGCCGCAAGAUGGGUGUCCCUUACGCCAUUGUCAAGGGCAAGGCUCGUCUCGGCACAGUCGUCCACAAGAAGACCUCCGCCGUCCUGGCUCUGACCGAGGUCCGCUCUGAGGACAAGGCCGAGUUCUCCAAGCUCCUCUCUGCCAUCAAGGAGGGCUACACUGACAAGAACGAGGAGUCCCGCCGUCACUGGGGUGGUGGUAUCAUGGGCCAGAAGGCCAAUGACCGCACCGAGAAGAAGCGCAAGGCUAUUGAGAACGCCAUCAAGGUCUAA